GUCUCGCGGGACUUUGCAGAACGCGCAUUGGGGCUGCGGCUGACUGAUACUUUAGGACUUGCUUCUCUUGCGCCCGCCUCCUGCUCUGCUGCCGCCGCUCCCCAGCCAUGUCGGCCGUGAAGGCGCUGAAUCCCAAAGCCGAGGUGGCCCGGGCCCAGGCGGCGCUGGCCGUGAACAUCAGCGCGGCCCGAGGGCUGCAGGAUGUGCUGAGGACCAACCUGGGGCCCAAGGGCACCAUGAAAAUGCUUGUUUCUGGCGCCGGAGACAUCAAGCUCACCAAGGAUGGCAACGUGCUGUUACACGAGAUGCAAAUUCAACACCCAACAGCCUCCUUGAUUGCAAAAGUAGCUACAGCCCAGGAUGAUAUUACUGGCGAUGGCACCACUUCCAAUGUUCUCAUCAUUGGGGAGUUGCUGAAGCAGGCCGAUCUCUACAUCUCUGAAGGUCUGCACCCUAGAAUCAUAACUGAAGGGUUUGAAGCUGCUAAGACAAAGGCCCUUGAAGUCUUGGAUCAAAUCAAAAUAAGCAAAGAAAUCGAUAGAGAAAUCCUCAUGGAUGUGGCUCGAACAUCCCUGCGCACCAAAGUCAAUGCUGACCUGGCCGACGUGCUGACAGAGGCAGUGGUGGACUCCAUUUUAGCUGUCAGAAGACCUGGAGAACCUGUUGAUCUUUUCAUGGUAGAAAUCAUGGAGAUGAAGCAUAAAUCAGAAACUGACACAUCGUUGAUCAGAGGGCUGGUUCUGGACCAUGGUGCCCGCCAUCCUGAUAUGAAGAAAAGACUAGAAGAUGCUUACAUUCUUACGUGCAAUGUAUCAUUAGAAUAUGAAAAAACAGAAGUGAAUUCUGGAUUUUUUUACAAAAGUGCGGAGGAAAGAGAGAAACUAGUAAAAGCAGAAAGGAAAUUCAUUGAAGAUAGAGUAAAGAAAAUAGUAGACCUGAAAAGAAAAGUGUGUGGUGAUUCAGACAAAGGAUUUGUUGUUAUUAAUCAAAAGGGAAUUGACCCAUUUUCUUUAGAUGCUCUUGCAAAAGAAGGCAUAGUAGCUCUCCGCAGAGCAAAAAGAAGAAAUAUGGAGAGGUUGACUCUUGCAUGUGGUGGAAUGGCUAUGAAUUCUCUAGAUGACUUAAAUCCUGACUGUUUGGGACAUGCAGGACUUGUCUAUGAAUACACACUAGGAGAAGAGAAGUUCACCUUCAUCGAGAAGUGUGUCAACCCUCGAUCUGUCACCUUGUUGAUCAAGGGACCCAAUAAGCACACUAUCACCCAGAUCAAGGACGCAGUGAGAGACGGCCUGCGAGCGGUCAAGAAUGCCAUCGAAGAUGGCUGUGUGGUACCCGGGGCUGGCGCAGUGGAAGUUGCCAUUGCUGAAGCUCUCAUUAAACAUAAGCCCAACGUUAAGGGAAGAGCCCGUCUUGGAGUCCAAGCUUUUGCUGAUGCGCUGCUCAUUAUUCCCAAGGUUCUUGCUCAGAACUCUGGUUUUGACCUUCAGGAAACACUAGUUAAGAUACAGGCUGAACAUGCAGAAUCAGGACAACUUGUUGGUGUUGAUUUAAAGACAGGUGAGCCCAUUGUUGCUGCUGAAGCUGGCAUCUGGGAUAACUAUUGUGUCAAGAAGCAGCUGCUUCACUCUUGCACUGUGAUUGCCACCAAUAUCCUCCUGGUUGAUGAGAUCAUGCGCGCUGGGAUGUCUUCUCUGAAAGGUUGAGUGGAAUCUCAAGAUUUCCACUGUAAGCAGUGGAAUCGCGAAGGUCCUACAGAAAGAACCGCAACGUGUGGCUACUAGUGGUGGUUGUUCUUCCCAGCUGCCAAAGGAUUUCCCAAAGAAUAAUUGUUUUUCUUACUGUUGCAGUAAACCUGGUCCCUAAAACUGAAAUUAUUGGCCCCUAUCCAAAUGUAAGGUUCUAAAAUGGAUUACAGUAUUUAUUUUUUUUUUUUUUAAUUGCACUGAGGCCUAUGAUUAAAGCUGCGGUCCUUUUUACCCAAUCGAUUAUUGUCCUGCCUGGCUUCGUGUCUCAUGUAGUAGCUGGUGUAGACCCUGCUCGUUUCUUCAUCGUGUUCUAGAGUAGUGCUCGCUUUUACAGCGUCUGACCUCUCCCGUGGCUUCGUUCUGUCUAAAUCUAGACACAAAGGGGACAUGAAGGUUUCUCGAAAUUUAGAUGAAUUCUACCUUCUGUCACCGCUUUUCUGUUCUAGUGCAAGCCCUAAAGCAUAAAAGCUUUUGUUGCAAGUAGAUUGUUAGUUUGUAUCUUCUCUCUCCAAGAUUUUCCUGUGUUGAGUGAGAGUUGAUGGAUAUUUAAUAUGCGCCUAGAAAAGUAAUGCUGUGUAUUAGUCAAAUUAGUCUUUCUCAUAACUUAUAUACAGAUUGACUUUAACCCAUUCCUCAUCAGCUUUUAACUUAAACCUUUCUAUUUAGGUUUUUCUGACAAAAAUCCAAUUGCCUUAGUAUGUGGUCUUACAAAAGUGUAUUUGUCCGUUCCUGUGGUGGGUUGGGCUUGGGGUUGUUGGGAGAGGGGCUGUGCCCUCUUAAUUGUUGGAUGUAAAAUAGUAGAGCUCGUUCCUAGGUGUGUAUAAAAUGUAUUAACUGACUUUUUUUAAUUCUU